AUAGACCUCUUUCCGUGAACCACAAUUAUUAUUAUUAUUCAUUAUUCACUUGUGUACUACUACCGCUUCAACGCAUGCGUUUUAUCCUCUCCGAUCGCCGGAACGCCGCCGUAACUGUCGUUGCUCCGCCGUACCUUCCGCCGUCACCGUAAUCGUCGCACUGAACAUCAUCCCCUCCGUUCAAUUCUUCAAUUCCAACAAGAGAGAAAAACAAAUAGGUCAACAAAUUGAAAUAAAUCGUCUCUCGAUCAGAAGGUGAAAUUAAUUAGGGAAAAUUGAGAAUUAGGGAUCUGUGAAAUUAGAUGGCUGAUGAUAUGGUUAUGGAUCUGGAUUUGAACCAAGAGCCGUUACCACCACCACCACCGUUUGGUCAUGGAUUAUUGAUAAAUGAACUCGAAACCGCACAAGGUAGGAUCGAGGAGAGACUUAGGCAGCUUGAAGCGGUUACGGCUAGGGCUAGACAUCGCCAGCGAUGGCGACAGGCUUGGAACAAUCCGGAGUUGAGUUAUAUGGCGGUAAUUGAGGGGGAUGGUGGUUCUGGGAAUCAGAAUCAAGAGAGGAAUGAUGUUCGGGAUGCCGUUAGGGUUCAGGAAGGGGGUGAAGAGAGGGAGAGGGGGAGGAACAGUAAAAGGGAUAUCAGUCAGUUAGCAAAAGCGUUGGAGAUGGAUUUGGAUCCAAAAAAGACGGAUAAUGAUGGAGGCGGUGAGGAAGAUGAGAGUGGGGGUUUUUUCGAUUGUAAUAUAUGUUUGGAGAUGGCUCGGGAUCCGAUUUUGACUUGCUGUGGUCACUUAUUUUGUUGGUGUUGUUUCUACCAGUUGUCGUAUGUGGAUUCGAGUGCGAAAGAAUGUCCCGUUUGCAAGGGAGAAGUGACGGAUUCGAGUAUUACACCAAUUUACGGGAACGGGAAGAAUCCGCCGGUUUUGAAGUUGGAAUCUGGUGUGAAGAUACCUCCAAGACCGCGCGCGCGUAGAGUAGAAAGUAUCAGGCAACAAAGGGUGAUGAGGGGGAUUUCUCAUAUUCCUGUAGCAGAAGCGCUUAGAAGGAUUAGAAUCGGGAUCGGUUCGAUUGGUGAAAGCCCCGUUUUUCAAGGUCUUAACGGUGUAGGUCCGGGUUCUGAUACCAAUCCCACGUUGCUACACAAUUCAGAAGCUGGCGGUAGCCGCCGCCACCGCUCCCGCCAGUUUUCAAGGGUGAUAUCUGAAAGUGCUGCGUCACUUUCUUCUAUUUCGUCUGCUCUAAACAAUGCAGAAAGAUUGGUUGAAGAUCUUGAAACUUACAUUAAUGACCGUUAUUUAAGUAGAGCAGAGGCACGUCGUAAUCUACCAAGUAAUCAAGAACUGAAUGCUUUUCUUGCUGCUACUACUGAAAGUCAACCAGAGCCUCAGAAUGCAGAGAUGAAUUCUUCAUUACCAGAUUCUAGUUCUUCUCAAAGAUCAGUUGCUGUUGUGCACUUGGAUGAUAUAUCAACGGAUGGAUCUGUAGAGAUCGAUCUGACAAUUUCUCAAUCACACCCGUCUUCUUCGUCUAGACGAAGUGCUGGUUCGCCGGCGUUGAGUUUAGAAGGUGGAACAUCUCGGGAACUCAGGAGGAGACGUUUGAGGUGAUGUUCGUGAGCCUGAAGUAUUUAUACUUUGCUUGUUUUCGUCAUUACAUUGAUUUUUCAUAGUGGACAUGUUUUAGAUGUCGAGUGUUAUCUUUUUCUGUAAUUCAACACAUGUAACGCUUUUAAUAUCUUGAAAUCGUAACACCUGAUUUGUUUCAUGCA